GUAGCUGACAGUUUACCCUGUUAACCGAAAAGAUGGCCCGGCAAGUUAGUAAACACAGUUGGGACCAAAGUCCACAAGACAGAUGGGGGGACAGGAUGGUCUGCGACACCUGCUGGCCAAACAAAGGAAAGACACAUGGGAUCAGGCCAGAUGUGCACCAAUCCUGACAGAUACAAGCAAAAUGCAUACUUGCCUAAUAAUUCUUCAUGCCUUGUACAGUGUAAAUUAUGAUUUUUUAAAAACUCUUUCUGAGUACAGCAAUAAGUUUGGAGAACGUUUGGACAUGACCUUGGUGUUCCCAAUGGUAGAUAUGAGCAUGUGCCUGGUUUUGUAUGUUGCGGGAUGGCACCAUGUUUGCUGCUGGUGUUAUGCAUAUCAAGGUUGCAUUCUUUUUAAAAGUACAAGGCACAUUUGAGUUGUGGGUUCUGUUUUUUUAGUUACAGGGGAUUUUUCAUCUGGUUUCAUUUUCAUUUACUUUUACAGACCUUCAUCCAGACGUUCUGGCAGACUUUCAUCAUACAGCCUGCCCAGUGUCGAUGCAACCGUGGGAAGCACAGCCCCAAAAGGCACUUUAAAUGAAUAAGAGUGAUCCCCAAAUUUCCAUAUAUAGACUAUCCCACACUUAGCACAUAUCCCACAAUCAUACGGAAAGUGAGAGAAGAAGCUGACUGGAGUAAGCGGGUGGGUUUUAAGAGCUCCGCUGCCGAAACCGCAUCUCGCAGUCACUCUGAGAUAAACUGAGUGGGUGGUUUGAGUCCGGACGGAGCAGCUUUUAAACGGGGGGAGUGACAGGCGGCAGACACAGCUGCCACAGCGGCGGAGGAGGCGCGGCUUCUGACUCCGGCGAACGGCGGCUCCUGUCGAGCUGCGCUCUCGGAUGACAGCUCAGAACGGACAGUGACGCCGCUGGUCCCGAAAAAUGGAGAACGGCAAGAGCCGCCUGCAGCAGGUCCAGGAUGACGCAGACGAGGUGAAGGGCAUCAUGCUGGAAAACCUGCAGAAGGUGGAGGACCGGUCGGGCAAACUGGGGGAGCUGGAGGUUCGGGCCGACCAGCUGCUGGUGCAGAGCAAGGCCUUCCAAAAGACCACAGCGACCGUGAAGCGGCGGACCUAUUUGCAGGCCAUGAAGAUGAAGCUGCUCUUAGGAGGCCUGGUGGCAGUGCUUCUGGUGAUCAUCAUUGUGGUCAUCAUUAUAUUUGCAGUACCCAGCAGUAAGACAAACAACACCGACCCAGGAAAUGACGGGAGGAGAUAGACCAGAACGGGGAAUUGUAUGAUAUGCCCUGGGGAAUGUGAGGUUUGGAGGGACACUUUUUUCAAUGCCCAGAUUAGUGUUUUUGUCACAUGCAGACUUGCAGGAUCCUGACAGCUUACCUGUGCGUGGACCGUUGGACGUAAUGGAACACUGGCUACAGCUGCUGCUUUUGUCCGUGUUCCAAAAGAAAAACUGUCCUUGUGUGAAUAUUUGCGCCAUUUCGAAAGAAUGCAGCAAUUCCCUGUACUCAGAAGGCGUCCGGUCUCAAACAUCUGGCCUUGUUUGUCCUCAACAGAAAUGAAGAACAAACAUUGACAUCUGGCAUAUUUGUUCAUUUUUCUGUAAUCUUGAUCAUAAAUUGUUUCUGGAACUGCAAUAUGCAUAGAACGAAGUUUUGGUUUCAAUAAACUUAUUCAAUAAUAAUUCAAUAGUCUUAUACAACAACCUGCAACAGUGGUUUAGGUGAUGAUGUAAACUUUUGUUUAGGAAACAAAGAUAUGAUCAUAUGGACAAUAUUAGCAUUAAGCUGUAAGAAGGUCAGAAAUGUUUGCUACUCUGUAAAUAUUAGUGGUGUGAUUUGACUGUUUGUGAAAGUAAUUAAACAAUAAUACUAAUGUGUAAGAACGUGGUUUAAUGCAUCAUGGUACAGGUAAGAUGUACAGUGAUCUUUGACAUGCUAAUGUCAAGUUCAGGAGAGAAAAAAUAACCACACAAGUGUGACUUCAGCAUUUCAAGGCUCUCACAUCAGUAAAGCUUUGGGUUUUGGGGGAAAUAGAGUAUUAUACGGUUUUUCUCAUUUGCUUAAGAAUUUUGUCUCUUAAGAAGUCUAUUUCAAAAUGAUGUACACACAGUAUUUUGCUGGCCAAAGUGAUACAUUUUCUUUGAGAAUGUUUUAACCAUCACAAAACAUUAUGUUUUACACAGUCAUCCAAUGAUUAUUUUUUUUUUAACUUUUUUUUUCUCUGUACUACUUGCUUUGCUUUAUAAUACGCAAAAGCAGUGGGAAAGUAUUUACGUAUUUACUGGAUAAGACCUCUGUUGCACUAAAGAUGAGAGUGAAGUUACUUUCAUUAGCUGUGUUUUAGCAGUCAAGAAAAACAGAAGCUGCCAGAAGGCAGAGCAGGAUGGAAAGCAUACAGUAGCAGAAGGAGUGGUGAGAGCGAAUGAGGAAGUUACGCCACUGCAGAAAUAACAGCAUCAGUAAAGAUGAAAUGCAAGAUGAAAGCAGCUCAGAGGAACCGAAUCUGUGGGAGGAAUAUGAGAAACUACUGAAGGCGUACAGGAGUGUUCUUUAAAAAUGAGACUAGGGUCAUGUGUGAAAAUGCAUCUGCAAAUGUCUGCAUCACACUAAAAUGGUACAAUAAAAGAAAAACGUAAGUGACAGUUUGGUGAAUGACAAAUAUGGUUUUCACAAACUGAAAAAUGUUAGGCAGUGCAGCCAAAAAUAUUAUAUGUUGAAUAAAUAUAUUAUUUUUUCCAAAUGACAACCCCCUAAAGUAACCAAUUUAAGUGUCUACAAUGCAUCAGACAUAGUUAAUUCCUAUUUAUUUUUUUGCAUUUAUGAUUAGUAGUAAUAUUAAUAGCUGUUGUGCCAUCUUCUUUUUCAAGCUCUUUUCAAAUUAGACAAUCUGUUUGGACACCUGAACCAACUUUUGAUAUCAAGUUUAUGCAUACAGUUUUAAAAACAAAUAAAGACUUUUAUCAUAUUACAA